AUGACGAUUCUGGUGGAAGAUCCCAGGGACGAAGACUACCCCGCGCUUGUCUCUCUGGUCUUCGAGGCAUACGGCGGGAAAAAUGAAUACAUCAACGCUGUGUUUCCAAAAAACACAACGGAAACCGGACUGGAGAAUGCUGUCCUGAGAUGCGUGUUCACGACCAAAAUGAGCAAAGCGGUAAAAUGGCACAAGGUGACCGACGGCACUACGGGCGAAAUCAUUGGCGGCGCUAUGUGGAGUAUCUACACGGAUGCGAAACCUCCCAAUUCAGAGUUGGAUGGGCCGCCCGGAACUUGGGAGAAUGAAGAUGAGAAGGAGUAUGCGCAGGCACUCUUUCGAGGUUGCAAAGAGUACGAGAGAAAGUACUGGGACGAAAAUGACCUUCCACUCGUCAGUAUGUCUUCCUGA